UCCAAUCCAAUCCCACAUCAUCAUCAUCAUCAUCAUCAUCAUCAAAAUCAGCCCUCACAGAUUCUUCCCCCCUUGGCACACAAUAUUACCAACCCACUCAACUCCAUAUUUACCACCCUUGUUUGCUUUCCCUAAACUCCUAAUCCACCCCCCCCCCCCUCUUGCCGGAAAACCCCUCCGGCGCGAUGGUCUCCCCGGAAAACACGAACUGGCUCUACGAUUACGGUCUCAUGGACGACGCCAACUUCCCCGUCUCCUCCUCCGCCUUCAACUGGCCCGUUCAGCCCAACAUCCCCGGCUCCUCUAGCGUCAGUGUUGAACUUGAUGGCUCAUUGGGGGAUGUAGAGGGACUCAAGGAAUCUGGCUCAAAAAAGAGGGUUAGAUCUGAAUCAUCCAGUGCAUGUAGCUCCAAGGCAUGUAGGGAGAAGUUGCGGAGGGAUAGGCUGAACGACAAGUUUCUGGAAUUGGGCUCUAUAUUGGAGCCUGGAAGGCCACCCAAGACGGACAAGGCUGCUAUUUUGAUUGAUGCUGUCCGAAUGGUGAAUCAGUUACGUGGUGAAGCCCAGAAGUUGAAGGACUCAAAUUCAAGCCUCCAGGAGAAGAUCAAGGAAUUGAAGACAGAGAAGACUGAACUUCGUGAUGAGAAGCAGAGGCUGAAAUCAGAGAAAGAGAAGUUGGAGCAGCAACUGAAGGCAAUGACUGCACAGCCGAGCUUCAUGCCAGCCCCUCCUGCAAUUCCUGCUGCAUUUGCUGCUCAAGGCCAAGCCCAUGGCAACAAGAUGGUGCCUUUCAUUGGUUACCCUGGGGUUGCCAUGUGGCAGUUCAUGCCACCUGCUGCAGUGGAUACAUCCCAGGAUCAUGUACUCCGCCCACCAGUUGCUUAAGUCGCCAACUGGUUAUUGAUACAGGCAAUUUGGGAUAUCAUUUUAUCCCAAACAAGUGUAUUGUCUUGUCAUUGUCCUUGUGUCGUGUCUUGUUUUUAAGUUUUUACUGUCUAACUGAAUUUGGUGGGUGACUUGACUAUGUAUCUCCAACUUGGGAACUUCUAUGAAUUAAUGCUGGUAUUCACUUGUAAAUGGUAAUAAGUUAAUCUGGCAACUUGUUACUACCA